CUUCUUUCUAAAUUUUUCUGGGGUUUUCUCUGUUAUUGAAUCGUAUUUUGGGCAUUUUUUCAAAUUCGAUUCAACGAGUUUCCCAAUUAAGGGUUUGAUUCCUUUUCUUUUCAUCUUUGUUUAGUCAAAUCUGAAGACUUGUUUGGUUUUCAAUGUGCUGAGAAGAAGCUUCGUUGGCAAAAGUCGAAUCUUUUCUUCUUUUUCUGGGUUUUUAUAUUCUUUGCCUACAAUGUUCAAGCUUGCUAAGAAUAUAUGCCUUUGAGAGUAGCUGCUUUAUUCCACAAGAUUUGAUCUUCAAGAGAGAGAAUGGGAUCGAAUUGUGAUGGGAAUUUGAAAGCAGAGAUUGAAGAAUCUAAUGGUUCUUCUGGCAAAAAAACUAGGGUUCCUCCUUGUCCUCUUGAUGUUUCUACAUCUAGAAGAACUUUGAUUGGUGAUGGUAAACCUAGGAGAUGGUCUAUUAGUGCUUUGCCUGAUGCAUCUAGUAGAAUCCAGCUUCUCAAAUUUGGUUCUCCUUCUGCUAAAUUCAAGAAAAUGGCUGAGGAUAGAGACGAGGUUUCACGGUCAGUGAAGAGCUCAAGUAGCGGCAGCAGUCAUAAUUUCAGGGAAAGAAUCAGUGGUGUGCUUCACCGGAAAAUCGAUUGGAGUUCUCUGAUGAAAAUGGGGAAAGAAUGGAUUAGGAAUCCUAUUAACAUGGCUCUAUUCGUGUGGAUACUUGUUGUUGCAGUCUCUGGUGCUAUUCUCUUCAUGGUUAUGACUGGUAUGUUGAAUCAUGCUUUGCCUAAGAAGUCACAGAGAGAUGCUUGGUUUGAAGUUAACAAUCAGAUUCUUAAUGGGUUGUUUACUUUGAUGUGUCUUUAUCAACAUCCGAAACGGUUUUAUCACUUGGUGCUUCUUUGUAGAUGGAAGCAGGAUGAUAUUACAAAGCUUAGGAAAGCUUAUUGCAAGGACGGGACUUAUAAGCCAAAUGAAUGGAUGCACAUUAUGGUUGUUGUCCUUUUGCUUCAUUUGAACUGUUUUGCUCAGUACGCGCUUUGUGGUCUUAAUGUUGGAUACAGGAGAUCAGAGAGACCUCCCAUUGGAGUCGCUAUAUGUAUCUCUGCUGCGAUUGGAGCUCCUGCGGUUGCGGGUUUGUACACUAUACUAAGUCCACUUGGGAAAGAUUAUGAUGAUUCAAAUGAAGACGAGGAGAAUCAACUGCAGCAACGUGAAGAAGGGUCUGUGAAUCGCCGGUAUACUUUAGAGAGGAGGUAUUCGUUUGCUUCUGCUUCCACGGGGGUUGGGGAUGGAAUGGUUCCGGUUAGUGAUCCUCAAUGGAGUGGUGGGAUUUUGGAUAUUUGGGAUGAUAUUUCAUUGGCUUAUCUUUCUCUUUUCUGCACUUUCUGUGUCUUUGGAUGGAACAUGGAGAGAGUUGGGUUUGGGAACAUGUAUGUUCACAUAGCGACGUUUAUUCUCUUUUGUUUGGCACCUUUCUUUAUAUUCAACUUAGCUGCGGUUAAUAUCGAUAAUGAGACGGUUAGGGAGGCGCUUGGGAUAUCUGGAAUCCUUCUUUGUGUGUUUGGUUUGCUCUAUGGUGGAUUCUGGAGAAUUCAGAUGAGGAAAAGAUUCAAAUUGCCGAGUUAUAAGUUCUGCUUCGGUAGAGCCGCGAUUGCUGAUUGUGCGCUCUGGUUAUGUUGUUGCUGGUGCUCUUUAGCACAAGAAGUUAGGACUGCAAACGCUUACGAAAUAGUGGAUGACAGAUUCUGCCAAAGAAAAGAAGAGAAGAAUAUGGUAUCUCCGAAUUUGGUAUCUCCUUUGCCUCGUGAAGACGGUGUGUUUGAUCCUAGGUUUGGUCUUGGGAGCUCCCCUAAGAACAUAAGUGGAGCUAGUUCUCCUAGCCCGAGCAGGUUUUGGAAAGAAGUACAUAGUCCAAAUAUUCAGACACCUAGAGAGAAAGAAGAAGGUAAAAGCGAGGUUACUCUGACUCCACCUUCUCCUCUGUCUAUACACCGAGAAGCUUGAUUUGUACAACCAUGGAAUCCGAGUCCACUGGUAACUCUCCUUCCUUUCUCUUCCGAUGUUGUAUUUAUUUGAUUUGAGGACAACUUUUGAAUACAUGUCUCUUUGAGUGUUUUACAAAGUUUGAUGAAGCCGGUUUCUUCAUGUGAGUUGUAUACAAUUUCAGUUUCUGUUUUAGAGAACUUUCGCGGUUUCUUCUGUAAUGUAAAUUGGUCUGUCAUGCUUCAUUGAGACUUUGCGUGAUCUAUGUGCCUUUGCAGGCUUUUGCUUUUACUUCUAAUUCAUGAUUCGAACCAGAUGGUUGGAGAAGUUGUUGGCUUUUGAGGUUUAGUAGUAAAAUACCAGUUCAAAA